AUGGCAGCUUAUGCAGCUCUGGCUUCUCUCUUGAACACCAUUCACCACAUGAUGACCCAUCCUCGUCUCUCCACUUCUUUCCACAACAAUCAGAUCCGAUCUCUUGAGGAAAAGGCUGCCUUGUUACUCGAUUUCAUAGAGACCUAUAAUUAUGGUGGUGAAAUUAGCGAAGAAGCACAGGAUCUCGAAAGCCUAAUCGCAUCUGCAACUCAUACAGCUGAGGAUAUGAUUGAAUCACACAUCGUCAAUCAACUCCUUCCUCUUUCUGCUGAUGAUCGCCAAGCAGCUUUGAGUUACUCGUUUUAUCUACAGAAAAAAAGGGCAAUUCAAGAGAAAAAUGCACUUCAUGUGGCUGGAGAUCUGGAUCAAUUUCAGGGAGGAUCCAACCAAGCCAUUGAAGAACCUGCACUUCAUGUGGCUGGAGAUGGAUGUUUGGACUAUCUUCGGCAGAUAAUUAAAGACAUGGAUGCUAUCAUCGAAAAGGCCAAUGAGUUGAAGGAGAAACACAGAUUCAGAGACGACCAACCCCCCACGCAUUCAACACCGCAGUAUAUCGAGACCAGAGAAGAAAAUGCUAUGGUGGGAUUUGGUGAUGAGUUGAUUCAGCUUCUCGACGUGCUCACCGGUCAUCGUUCCAAUUUGCAUAUCAUCUCAAUCGUGGGUAUGGGCGGCAUGGGUAAGACUACUCUUGCCAAAAAUAUUUAUUCAAAUCAACUCAUCAUCGAACACUUUGAUAUUCGUGCUUGGGCUACCGUAUCUCAGAAAUACAAUGCUAAACAAAUUCUUCAACAACUUGUUUUUGGUCAAGGAAAAUCCUCUGAUAAAAAUGUAGAUGAAUUAGGAGAACAAUUACAUAAAACUUUAUCCGGUAGAAGGUAUUUGAUCAUAUUAGAUGACAUUUGGGGUGUCGAAGCUUGGAAUGAAGUGAGGUGUUUCUUUCCUGAUAAUGGAAGUAGAAGCCGGAUUCUUCUAACUAGUAGGUUGUCAGAUGUGGCUAACGAUUGUGGCUGUUCUUGCUUUCCGAAGAAUCUUCUAGAUGAGAAUGAAAGUUGGGAAUUAUUCUGUAAGAAGGCAUUCCAACAUGAAGAUUGUCCUAGUGAACUUGAAGAAGUUGGAAGGCAGAUUGUUAAAUUAUGCAAAGGACUAGCAUUGUCUAUUGUUGUGAUCGGGGGGAGACUUUUAAAGUCUUCUAGGACCGUAGGAUAUUGGAAGAGUGUUGCGGAAGAUAUAGAAUCAAGUCCUAAUUCAAAAGAGAAGCAAGAAAGCUUAGAUGUAUUGCUUUCAAGUUAUAAUCACUUGCCUUCUCAUCUAAAGCCUUGCUUUCUUCAUAUUGGAGUUCUUAAGCAUAUAAAUUAUGAGAACCUCAAUAUCUUGAGUAUCAUCCAACUUUGGGUUGGUGAGGGAUUUUUGAAAUCAAAUGGAGGCCGAGUUUUGGAAGAGAUUGCAGAGGAUUACUUGAAGGAACUUAUUGAUAGAAAUCUGAUAGUAGUUGAGAAGAGAAGUAGAAAUGGGAAGAUGAAAUGUUGUGAUAUUCAUGAUCUCUUAAGAGACCUAUGCUUAAAAGUAGGAGAGCAAGAAGGGUUUUUUCAUGUGAUCACUCAAGGCCCUGUACUAGGCACAAAACGACGUCUCUUAUAUAAUAAUGCUACCUGGGGGAGGGAAACUGCCAGACCCGUACUUGCACGCACUAUCAUGGAAUGUAAAUUUGAGAAAGAGGAGUCUUAUAAACAUAGAUUGCUGAGAAUUUGGCAUGUACGCAAUCAUAUGUCACUUGAGGAAUUAUUUGGGUGUGUUAACUUGCGCUACCUUGCUUUACAGAACCCUAAUAAAGUGGAUGUGUUGGAGCUUCCUAGUUCAUUAUCCUUGGUAUGGAAUCUGCAUGCUUUAAUCUUUGAGAAAUCUAUAUGGACUCGUUUGAGAGUCGUUGCACCACUUGAAAUUUGGAAGAUGCGAAAACUUGGGCAUAUCCACUGUGAUCAAAUUUAUGUUCCUCAACCCGAUGGACAAGAUGAGUUGUUAAUCUUGGAAAAUUUUCAGACGCUUCGGAAUGCAAUUAAUUUGAGGUUGAGUGAGGAUGUGUGCAAGAUCAUUCCCAACAUCAAGAUAUUGCAUCUACAAUAUAAUUUUGAGUUGCAGGGAUGGGAUGAUAGUUUGAUUGAGUGUUUGUGCAAUCUUGAUCGCUUGCAUAAACUUGAAUCACUCAAAUUGUGUGGGUGCUGGUUCCAAUAUUAUAAGCUGAAUGAGAUAUUCACGUUUCCAAGUUCUCUAAACAAGUUGAGCUUGAGUGGUUUCAAAUUUGAAUGGGAUGAUAUGACAAUGAUUGGUUCGUUGCCCCUACUCCAAGUUCUCGAGCUACGAGGUAACUGGGCCACGCAGAAAAUUAGGACGUGGAGUCCUGUUAAUGGGCAAUUUCAACGCCUCAAGUUCUUGAAAUUUUAUUGUUGUGAUCUGAAAUGUUGGAAUGCAGAUAAUAGUCAUUUCCCAGUUCUGGAGAAGCUUGUUCUUUGUUGGCUACGUAAGUUGGAAGAGAUCCCAUGGGGUAUCGGUGAGAUACCAACGCUCAAACUUAUUCAUGUGAAUAAUUGUAGUAACUCUGCCGCCAUUUCAGCUAUGAAAAUAAAAGAGGAGCAGCUCGAGUGUCAGGGCAAUGAUGACCUUCAAAUCCAAGUAGAUGUGGAUGAAUAUGACCUGCAGAGCUUCAUGGCAAUUGUGCAAACAGAGGGCCUCACACUCAAUAAUGUUCAAUUUAAUAUAUAUCCUUCUUAG